AUGCUCAAGAUUCUUCGAAACUGUGCAAUCACCGGCUAUCAAUCCAAGUCUCGUCACAGUCCAGCUAUUUUCUUCACUCAAUUCCACGAAUCACGAGCACAAACCUUUGCAAGGAUGGCCGAUCUCAACGUAACCAUCCCGAAGCUGAAACUCAAUGACGGCACCUCAAUGCCUAUGCUGGCAUUCGGUACAGGAACCUCUUGGUACAAGUCUGGCGAUGAGAGUAAGAUUGAUCAAGCAAUCAUUGACGCUGUAAAGAUCGCAAUUAAGUUGGGAUAUACUCAUCUUGAUGGCGCAGAGAUGUACAAGACCGAACCCGAGCUUGGGACCGGUAUCAAAGAGAGUGGUGUUCCCCGCGAGAAGCUCUUCGUGACUACCAAAGUGAAUGACGGCAACAUCAACAACAUUGAAGGAGCGAUCAAAGCUAGCUUACAAAAACUGCAGUUGGAAUAUGUUGAUCUCUAUCUCAUCCACCAACCCUGGUUUGGCAGCUCAGAGGCCGAUCUCCAAAAGGCCUGGGCUGACAUGGAGGCAGUCCAAGCCGCAGGCCUUGCCAAAUCCAUUGGUGUCUCCAACUAUCUCCCCGAACAUCUAUCAGCCAUACUGAAGACUGCCAAAGUAAAGCCUGUGUGCAACCAAAUCGAAUUCCAUCCUUACCUUCAGCACGAAAAACUUCUGGAAUUCCACAAGCAGAACGGCAUCGCUACCACCGCCUAUUCACCUUUGACAGCAGUUACCAAAGCAAAGGGUGGCCCUGUAGAUGAGUAUGUAGAAGCGCUGACCAAGAAGUAUGCCGUGAGCGAAAAUGAGAUCUACCUGAGGUGGUGCAUCGAUCAAGACAUCGUACCGAUCACGACCAGUAGCAAGGAGCAACGUCUGAGUGACUACUUGCGGGCGCUGACCUUCAAAUUGACGCCAAAAGAAGUAAAGGAUAUCAACGAGUUGGGCCAGAAGAAGCACUAUAGAGGUUUCUGGACUCACAAGCUUGCCGCUGAUGAUCGAUCGUGA